GCAAAUACGCUAUGUGUCGGCAUAUGUGAUCAAGAUAAUACACUCAUAAAUACUGAUUCUGCAUUACGCACAGAAGGGUAGCCUAUAAUUGCUCCGGGGUAACUGCACGGUGAAAAACAAGACGCAAGCAUACACAACAGUCGUGGAAGAAGCAGAAGCAACGCUGCCAGCCACCGGCUACGUCGUGACAAAAAUGGGCCGCUACAGUGGGAAGACCUGCCGCCUGAUUUUCAUGUUAAUACUGACAACAGUGUUCUUUGUUGCCGAGAUAGUAGCCGGAUACAUGGGGAACUCAAUAGCACUGGUGUCAGACUCGUUUAACAUGCUCUCCGACCUUAUUUCUUUGUGCGUCGGCCUGACCGCCGCGCGGGUUUCACGUCGUCCAGGAUCUGGACGCUGCACUUACGGUCUGGCCCGGGCCGAGGUUGUCGGCGCAUUCGGCAACGCUGUGUUUUUAGCCGCACUUUGCUUCUCCAUCUCGGUGGAAGCCAUGAAGCGCCUGGUCCGCCCGGAGGCUAUCGAUGAUCCGCUACUGGUGCUGGUGGUGGGCGCGCUGGGUCUAGCUGUCAACGUCGUCGGUCUGUUCAUGUUUCAGGACUGCAGCGGCUGUGGGAUAGGUGGGCGACGAAGGUCCCACCUAACGGCCGAAGAGAAAGUAGAAAUGGUGAAUGGUGAAACAGGAGCUCCCGUGCUGCAGGAUGUCACCCCCGGAGAAAAAGGACCGGAAAGAGAGGGCCAACCGCUCAAUAUUCAAGGGGUGCUGCUCCACGUGCUGAACGACGCGCUGGGCUCCGUGGUGGUGGUGGUGGCCUCGGCCCUGUUCUACGCGUGGCCCCUGGGCCCCGAGCAGCCCUGUAACUGGCUGUGCUACGUGGACCCCAGCCUGACGCUGCUCAUGGUGGCCAUCAUCAUGGCCUCCGCCGCCCCCCUGCUGCGGGAGACCACCAGCAUCCUGCUGCAGAUGAGCCCCCCCGAACUGCAGCUCAGCACGCUCCUGGAGGAUGUGUUGGGGAUCAGCGGGGUGCAGAGUGUGCAGGAGUUGCGUGUGUGGGAGUUGGCUCGGGGGCGGAACGUGGCCUCGCUGCAGGUCAGGUGCUGGGACGCCCCGGCCUUCACGGCGCUCUCUCUCCGCACGCGGGAGGUCUUCCGCCGGGCGGGCGUGCACAGCGUCACCAUCCAGCCCGAGUUCGGCCACGCGCCCUGCAGCGCCCCCUGCCUGUCGGCCGCCUGUCAGUGCAGGCUCUGCUGCCCUGACCCCGCAGUCCCGCUUCCUGUCUGCAACGGACACCCAGCCACGCCCUGCCCCGCCACGCCCUCCCCCGCCACGCCCUGCCCUGCCACGCCCGACCGCACGAUCCCGCUCUCCGUCUGCAACGGACACCCAGCCACGCCCUGCCCCGCCACGCCCGACCGUGCGGUCCCGCUCUCCGUCUGCAACGGACACCCAGACACGCCCUACCCUACCACACCCUGCCCCGCCACGCCCUGCCCUGCCACGCCCGACCGCGCGGCCCCGCUCUCCGUCUGCAACGGACACCCAGCCACGCCCUGCCCCGCCACGCCCUGCCCUGCCACGCCCGACCUUGCAGUCCCGCUUUCUGUCUGCAACGGACACCCCGCCACGCCCUGCCCCGCCACGCCCGACCGCGCGGCCCCGCUCUCCGUCUGCAACGGACACCCAGCCGCGCCCUGCCCCGCGCCGGUGGAGAGCCCUCCUCUCGAGGGGGAGCAGGACAGCCUGAAGGAGGCGCUGCCCAGAACAGAGGGGAGAGAAACCAACGGCGCGGUUUCACGCACGAAGGGGAAGAACCAGGUUGUGUGA